AUGGAAGAUGAAUUAGGGUUGCCGCCUCCGCCCGAGGAGCCGGCGCCUGAGGACUGCUGCAACAAUGACUGCUGUCCGUGCGUGCGCGACAUCUACGAGCAGGCGCUGCAGCGGCACCGGACCACGGUUCGCCUGCUCAAGAUGCGGCAACAGAUGAAGAUGAAGAUCGGCCCGCAUUGCGGCAUCUCCAUUCAAAACGUUGAUGCUCCAGCACCAACAGAGCCAUUGGUGAGUCCUCCGAGCGCCGGACCGUCUGCCACAACCGCCUCCAUCUUGGGCGCCUCCUUGCUCACCGAGCACGGCCGAGCGCGAGGUCUCGACGUUCGGCGGGUGCUGCUACUCGAACUGGGACUAAGCUCCCACUACGCCUACGAGCCUGGCGACUACGUGGCCGUGAUUGCUGUGGUGGCCACCACUGCUCCACGAGAGCUUGAGGACGUAGAGGUGGAUGACGGGUCGGCGGCAGAGCAGGCGGAGGACGGCGAAUCGAUGACGCACCAGCACUACCUGAUCGGCGACCCACCGUGCACGAUCGCGCACACCCUCAUGUACCUCCUCCACAUUCCCUUCGUGAUGUACAAGUGCGACAUCAGCGCCCCGCCAUCGAAGGCCCUGCUGCACGCGCUGGCGCAGUUCACCUUCGACGAAGAGGAAAAGGAAGAGCUCCUUUACCUCUGCGGCGGCGCCCAGUGGCAGCGCGAGUUCUACCAACGCAACAUCCUACACCAGAGACCGGGGCUGCUGGAGGUCCUGGAGCGGCCUCCGCUUGCGCACGUCCUGGAGCACGUUCCACCGCAGCGGGAGCGGUACUACUCCAUCGCCUCGUCGCCGCUGCUGUCUCCGUCGUCGGUCCACCUGGUCUUCCCCGUGGUCGAGUACACCACGCCCGCGCCCCAUCGGCGCCAGCGACACGGCCUGUGCACGUCGUGGCUGCACUCUCUCGCCCACCGCCACCUCGUCGACGCUCGGCACUUCGCUGGAGUCGCAGUCAAUCAGCUGUGCGUGCCCGAUGAGCUGCAGCGGGAGGACAGCGAGGACCGCGACGUGAGCGGCGACGCAGGAGGGGUCUCAUCGCUGGAUGUGUGGAUCAAGCCGGCGCCUGACUUCCAGCUCCCGACCGACCCGAUGGUGCCCCUCAUCCUGGUCUGCGCUGGCUCGGGCAUCGCGCCCUUCCGCUCGGUCGGCGGUGGUGCUCACUUCGGCGAGCCGCGCGGCCUCAGGGGCUUUUUGCGGCACCGGAAGGCGAUGAGAGAGCGGGAGGGGGUGGCGCUCGGUGAGUGCUGGCUCUUCUUCGGCUUCCGCUUCCUCGACGGCGACUUCCUCUUCCGCGAGGAGCUCGAGGCGAUGCAGCGCGAAGCCGUGCUCACUCGCCUCAUCACCGCCACGUCCCGAGAAGCUGAAUCAUGCAGAGUUCAGGACAGAAUCGUGGAGCACGGCCGUGACGUCCACCGCCUGAUUGUCGAUCGCAACGCCGUGGUCUGCGGAGAUGCGCAGGGAAUGGCCGCGGGCGUGCACGAAGCGCUGGCCCAAGUCAUCGCCGCGUAUGGGGCACCGCCACCGGGCCACGAGGAGCCCCACGCCGUGCUUGCACACCUGCAGCGGGAGCGGAGGUACCGACGCGACGUGUGGAGCGCACGCAAGACCGCUGUGUGA